AUGGAUAAAGACCAACAAACACCUCGUCGUUAUCUGUUACCGAUCCAACGGUCAGGUGGCGGUGGUACUAAUACACAAUACUUUAAUUUUGCCAAUGCUGUUAUGCUUGCCAUUCUAACCAAUCGGACCAUCGUGCUCACCCCCUUCUUCCUGCACGGGGGUCACACCAGAGGAUAUAUCGGCAGUAAUAUGCGGUCAUUUAACAAUACAUUUAACGAACAGACACUAUCUCGGAUUGUACCAGUCGCCACAAUCGACGAGUUUAAAAAGCACUGCCAAGGCAGUAUCAGUGUUCUUUCAUGGGAAAGGAUUGAGGCGAAGUACAUGAAGACCAGAGAAACUGUUUUCAAGAAUAUACUCAAAAUAAAAAAUUUGCCUCUGUACGAUGAGUUGAACAUAAUAAGAGGAACACCUCACCCCGAUGCUGUGGCAUCGAUCCAUAAAGAUGAACCAUGCUUAUCGAUUUAUCGCCCGCAUGAAAUGCAUGCCAAUAUAACAGUACUGAAUUACGACUUGGAGAAGCAUGUGCAUUCUCACCUGAUUAGAUCAGAGAAAAUUCAACACUACGCAGAUACCAUAUCGAAACAUAUUUGUGGUGGGAGACCGUAUUUGGCGUUUCACUGGCGGAACAAGACAACCGAAAAUGGGUGCAUAUUUGACAGAUAUGAAAAACAAGGGAAUCUUAAUACUUCUUGCACAAAUCGGCUCCCAGAAGUUGCUCUCCUGGCUGAGUAUGCAAGCACUGCAAUUGCUGAUAUCAUGAAAAAAUUAAAGAUUCACUGCAUAUAUGUAGCAACCCCGGAAUGGUCGAAGACAAUAUUACACAUGCUUGGAAAACAAAUUCCUCGGGUAAACAUAUACUCAACCAGUGAUAUCAUCGAUGUAGAAGAUCUAUCGUCACUCCGGGACGAUUACUAUUCUCUGUCACUCGUGGAGCAAGAAAUUUGUUACAGGGCAGAUUAUUUCAUAGCUUCGUGUAAGUCGCACUGGUCAAAAUUCGUAAUGGCUGAUAGAGUUGUUGCCGGGAAGAAUUACACGUGCACUAAAAACCUUCCUGGAUUGGAUGAUCUUCAAAUCGCAAGAUUCAUAAAAGAUCAGAGCAGAAGAAAGAAAUAAUUACAGAACGUACAGAACUACGCAUUUUAUCAAUACGAUAUGGACUCAGUGUGGGCAAUCAUUGUAGACAAUCUGUUUUAGAAAAAUCAACAUAUCAUCGUACCCAUUCGGUUUGCUGUGGUUAACUGGUUUUCUAUUUCAAUUUAUCGAAGUCAAUAAUAGAGAAACACCAGAAAUGUAGGAGAAAUUGGAGGUCAUGCUUUUUCUAUAUCUUCUGGCAAUUAUGAAUUAUUUCUUGCAUUGAACUAAAAAUAAAUUGAUUAUUUUUUUUUUC